GUGGCCGAGUCCUGCUGCGAGCAUGGCUGCGGCCGCCCCUGCUCCGGUGGAGCUGGGCUUCGCCGAGGAGGCACCGGCCUGGAAGCUGCGCAGCGAGCAGUUUCCCAGCAAAGUGGGCGGGCGGCCCGCGUGGCUGGGCCUGGCGGAGCUGCCGGGGCCCGGGGCGCUGGCGUGUGCGCGCUGCGGCCGCCCGCUCGCCUUCCUGCUGCAGGUGUACGCACCGCUGCCGGGCCGGGACGACGCCUUCCACCGCAGCCUCUUCCUCUUCUGCUGUCGCGAGCCGCCCUGCUGCGCCGGCCUGCGAGUUUUUCGAAAUCAGCUACCAAGGAAAAACGCAUUCUACUCCUAUGAGCCCCCUUCUGAAACGGAAGCUUUGGGUACAGAAUGUGUGUGCCUCCAGCUUAAGUCUGGAGCCCAUCUCUGUAGGGUUUGUGGUUGCUUGGCCCCUAUGACAUGCUCUAGGUGCAAACAGGCACGUUACUGCAGCAAGGAGCAUCAGACAUUAGACUGGAGGCUCGGACACAAGCAGGCUUGUACACAGUCAGACCACUUAGACCAUAUGGUUCCAGACCACAACUUCCUGUUUCCAGAAUUUGAAAUUGUAACAGAAACAGAAGAUGAACUUUUGCCUGCGGUUGUGGAAAUGGAGGAUUAUUCUGAAGUUACAGGAAGCAUGGGGGGAAUUCCUGAGGAAGAACUAGAUUCCAUGGCAAAGCAUGAAUCCAAGGAAGAUCACAUAUUCCAAAAGUUUAAAUCCAAAAUAGCCCUUGAACCAGAGCAGAUUCUCAGGUAUGGACGAGGGAUUAAACCCAUCUGGAUUUCUGGUGAAAAUAUUCCUCAAGAAAAAGAUAUUCCAGAUUGCCCGUGUGGUGCCAAGAGAAUAUUUGAAUUCCAGGUCAUGCCUCAGCUGUUGAACCACCUGAAGGCAGACAGACUUGGCAGGAGUGUGGACUGGGGUAUCUUGGCUGUCUUCACCUGUGCUGAGAGCUGUAGUCUGGGUAUCGGCUACACAGAAGAAUUUGUGUGGAAGCAGGAUGUGACAGAUACACCUUAAAAGGGGUUAAAUUCUUACAAAAGAUACAAAAUAAAAAAUAAAACCUUAUGCCUCAGUACUUCACAAUUCCAUCUCUAGGACUUUAUCCUAAGUAAACAGU